UCGGUCGCCAAUUCCUCGUUGAAACGCGAAUGAUACAUUUCUAAUUUCCAUAAAGAUAAAAUUGGGAGGAGGGUGGAGGAGGGUGCGGCUCGAAGUUCGUGGACGUGGUGGUGGCUGCUGGUCUGGAAGAAGGGAUCGAAACCCUAGGUCGAAUUGAGGGAAGUGGCCCAUGGCGACGCCAUUGGCGGGGGACGGAGUCCUCGCCCUGAUUCCGCAGGAAGUUGUCAACUCAAUCGAUCCAGUGCAGUCUUCUCCUGCGCCGGCUGUUGCAACGGCGACGUUCGGCGGCUUGCCCGAGAGAUCCCCGAUUUUGAUCUUUGUUUAUUUCCAGAAGGCCAUCCGGUCGGAGCUCGAUCGCCUCCACCGCGGCGCCGUCUCCCUUGCAACCGAUGGAAGCGGCGAUGUUCAUUCCCUGGCGGAGCGAUGUGUAUUCCUCUAUGAUAUAUACCAGCACCACUGCAAUGCUGAGGACGCGGUUAUCUUUCCAGCUCUGGACAUACGGGUCAAGAAUGUGGCUAGAACAUAUUCUAUUGAACAUAAAGGGGAAAGCCAUCUUUUCUAUGAUGUGUUUGUUUUGUUAGUUUCACAUGUGAAAAAUGAGGAUCAUAUUCGGAGAGAACUUGCUCUUCGCAUUGAAUCUACAAAAAUUUCAUUCGGUCAGCAUAUGCCCAAGGAAGAGAAGCAAGUAUUUGUUUCAGAGGAUCAUUUCCGAAGAGAACUAGCUUCUUGCACUGGAGUCAUAAAAACAUCACUCAGUCAACACAUGUCUAAGGAAGAAGAGCAGGUCUUCCCCUUGCUUAUGGAAAAGUAUUCAUUUGAAGAGCAGGCUGAUUUGGUUUGGGAGUUUUUAUGUACCAUCCCUGUGAAUAUGAUGACAAAGUUUUUUCCUUGGCUUUCAUCAUGUAUUUCAUCGGAUGAACAUCAGCAUGUGCUCAACUAUUUGAAGAACAUAAUACCCAAGGAAAAGAUUCUGAAACAGGUAAUAUUCACUUGGAUAGAAGACAGAAGCAUGACCAACAAGGGUGAAAUGUGUGUUGAUGAUUUUCAUUCACAUAGUUCUCUAUCUGGCUGGUCUGAUGAUUAUACUGAGAGGCAUGUCUAUCCAUCUAUUCUUUCUAAGUCUGGGAAGAGAAAACAUAAUGAUUCAGAUGGUCAAGGCCCAGAUCAUCUUGAGUUGUAUCCAAUAGAUGAAAUAUUGAAUUGGCAUAAUGCUAUUAAGGAGGAAUUACAUGAUAUUGCAGAAGAUGCAAGAAAAAUCCAAAAUUCUGGCUAUUUCUCAGACUUGUCUGCCUUCAACAGAAGGCUUCAAUUUAUUGCUGAUGUAUGCAUCUUUCACAGUUAUGCGGAGGAUCAAGUGAUAUUUCCGGCAGUACUAGAUAGAAUGGAGCCCCUUCUUCAAGAGCAUGCCAAUGAAAAACUUCAGUUUAACAAGUUCAGGUGCUUAAUUGAAGAAGUUCAGAGUGCAGGGGCUAUUUCUUCUUCUGUAGAAUUCUAUUCAGAGUUGUGCUCACAUGCUGAUCAAAUAAUGGAUACCAUACAGAAACAUUUUCAUAACGAGGAAGCUGAGGUUCUUCCUUUAGUCAGGAUGCAUUUUCCUCCUGAAAAACAGCGAAAUCUCUUGUUUAGAAGUUUGUGUGUUAUGCCCUUGAAAUUACUUGAACAUGUUUUGCCGUGGUUUGUCGCAAAGUUAAGUGAUAAUGAUGCAAGUACCUUUCUGCAGAAUAUGCACCUGGCAGCCUCGUCUUCUGAAACUGCACUGGUAACACUUUUCUCUGGUUGGGCAUGCAAAGGUAGGAAUGAGGAUAUUAAUAAUGCUGGAAAGUUUGUAUGCUUCUCUUCCAAGGCAAUAAGCUGCUUCUCGUUAGAUGAUACUGCUGAUACACCGGAAGAUUGCGGAGACAAAUGUGCAUGUGCUUGUCUACUUGGAUGUAAGAAAGAUGUAACAUCCACUGAGAACAAUGCUAGACCUGUUAAACGUGGCAACUUUUCAGACGUGUGUGGGAAUUCCAAUGAUGGCAAUCCUUCAGAAAGUAAUGGCAUCGAAAGCGCGCUGUGUAAUAAAAAAUCCUGCUGUGUUCCAGGGUUAGGAGUCUCUAACAGUAACAUCGGAUUAAGCACACUUGAUGCAUCAAAGUCUUUAUUGAUCUCGUCUUACAAUUCUCAUGCUCCUUCCAUUAAAUCCAGUCUGUUUAUUCCAGAUAUGGAAUUGAACUCAUGCAGCAAAGAGAACACAUUGAGGCCAAUUGACAACAUAUUUCAAUUUCAUAAAGCAAUUUGUAAAGAUGUGAAAUAUUUGGAUGAUGAAUCUGGAAAUCUUAUACCAUAUGACGAAGCCGUUCUUCGACAGUUCAUUGGUAGAUUUCGCUUAUUAUGGGGUUUAUAUAGAGCACAUAGUAAUGCUGAAGAUGAUAUUGUCUUCCCUGCUUUAGAGUCAAGAGAAACUCUUCAUAAUGUAAGCCAUUCAUACACUCUGGAUCACAAACAGGAGGAGAAGCUAUUCAACGAUAUUUCCGAAUUACUUUCAGAACUUUCACAACAUCAUGAUGCCUUGGGAACAAUCAAUUGUAAAGAUACUGCAAAUGGAAGUGAAUCUGGCUCUUCUCAUCAGGUAAUUGAUUGCACAAGAAAGCAUAAUGAACUUGUCACUAAACUUCAAGGAAUGUGCAAAUCUCUUCGAGUUACUCUAGAUAAUCAUGUCUUUAGAGAAGAACUUGAGUUAUGGCCAUUGUUUGACAAGCAUUUUUCAGUGGAAGAGCAAGAUAAGAUUGUUGGUCGAAUUAUUGGAACAACGGGAGCAGAGGUCCUCCAAUCAAUGUUACCUUGGGUAACUUCUGCUCUGAGUCAAGAGGAACAGAAUAAAAUGAUGAAUACAUGGAAGAAGGCAACCAAGAAUACAAUGUUUAAUGAGUGGCUAGAUGAGUGGUGGAAGGAUACUUCCUCUUCAGCAACAUCUGCAACAGAAUGUUCUAGUCUUUCAAAAGCUACUGAGUGCCAAGAAGGUCUUGAGCAAAAUGAUCAAAUGUUCAAGCCUGGUUGGAAGGAUAUAUUUAGGAUGAAUCAGAGUGAGCUUGAAUCAGAGAUAAGGAAGGUUUCGAGAGAUCCAACACUUGAUCCAAGAAGAAAGGCAUAUCUUAUGCAAAACUUGAUGACAAGUCGGUGGAUAGCUGCUCAGCAAAAAUUACCACAAGCCAGAACUGAGGAGGCUUCAGAUGAGGAAAGUAUACCUGGGUGCUCUCCAUCCUUUCGUGAUCCAGAGAAGCAAAUACUUGGUUGUGAGCACUACAAGAGGAACUGCAAACUCGUUGCUGCAUGCUGUAACAGGUUAUUCACCUGCAGAUUUUGCCAUGACAAAGUUAGUGAUCAUUCCAUGGACAGAAAAGCAACGAGUGAAAUGAUGUGUAUGCGUUGUCUGAAGGUUCAACCUAUAGGCCCAACUUGCAAAACACCUUCCUGCAGUGGAUUCUCAAUGGCGAAGUACUUUUGCAGUAUUUGCAAAUUUUUUGAUGAUGAAAGGAGUGUGUACCAUUGUCCAUUUUGCAACUUGUGUCGUGUUGGAAAGGGACUUGGCACGGAUUUCUUUCAUUGUAUGACAUGCAAUUGCUGCUUAGGAAUGAAAUUGAAGGAACACAAGUGCCGGGAAAGAGGUUUAGAAACAAAUUGUCCUAUUUGUUGUGACUUUUUAUUCACAUCAAGUGCAGCUGUAAGAGCUCUACCUUGUGGACAUUUCAUGCAUUCAGCAUGCUUCCAGGCUUACACAUGCAGUCACUAUACCUGUCCAGUUUGCAGCAAAUCCUUGGGAGACAUGGCUGUAUACUUUGGCAUGCUGGACGCUUUGUUGGCCGCUGAAGAACUUCCUGAAGAAUACCGAGACCGAUGCCAGGAUAUAUUAUGUAAUGAUUGCGGCAAAAAGGGCACAUCCCCCUUCCACUGGCUUUAUCACAAAUGUGGUUUUUGUGGGUCUUACAAUACUCGGGUGAUCAAGACUGACAUGUCAGAUUGUCCUACCUCGCACUAGGGGAAGAAUCUUUGUUUCGUUCCCUUUUUCAUAUUUUCCCCCCAGGAGUGUAAAUAUACUCUUAGCAGUAAAUCACAUUUGUGCUGUAGCACUCAUCUCAUAGUCCAUAGCCUAUCAAUUUGUUUUUUUUUUUGUUUUCUUCAGAAAUGCACAAAAAGUGCAAAUACUGAUUCAAAAUGAUUGUUUUUCCAACUUGUAGUGUGGUCUCUGUAUCAUGUCGCCCUCUUUAAGUAUCGCAACGUGGAUGCAGAUUUUAAGUGCAA